AUGUGGCACCAGAUGGAGACCCAGAGUGUGCCGCAGGAGCUGGAAACCCUUCCAACCACCAAGAUGGCUCAGACCAACCCCAUGCCAGGGUCCAUAGGGCCAUGGAAGAUUACCAUCUAUGACCAGGAGAACUUCCAGGGCAAGAGGAUGGAGUUCACCAGCUCCUGCUCAAAUGUCUCUGAGCGCAAUUUUGAUAAUGUCCGGUCUCUCAAGGUGGAAUGUGGCGUCUGGAUUGGUUAUGAGCAUACCAGCUUCUGUGGACAACAGUUUAUACUGGAGAGAGGAGAAUACCCUCGCUGGGAUGCCUGGAGCGGGAGUAAUGCCUACCACAUUGAGCGUCUCAUGUCUUUCCGCCCCAUCUGUUCAGCUAACCACAAGGAGUCUAAAAUUACCAUCUUUGAGAAAGAAAACUUCAUUGGACGCCAAUGGGAGAUCAGUGAUGACUACCCGUCUUUACAAGCCAUGGGCUGGUUCAACAAUGAAGUCGGUUCCAUGAAGAUACGAUGUGGAGCUUGGGUUUGCUACCAGUAUCCUGGAUACCGUGGGUAUCAAUAUAUCUUGGAAUGUGACCAUCAUGGAGGAGACUAUAAACACUGGAGAGAGUGGGGUUCUCAUGCCCAGACCUCCCAGAUCCAAUCGAUUCGCCGUAUCCAACAAUAGUGGAUUAAAAGCUCCAAGUAAGAGAAUUCCUCAAGCAUGAGACCCUGCUAAGCACCAGAUUUGAAGAGCUCUCUAGAAUGAGUUUUAUGUUCUGCUCAAAUACUGCUUCCAAAUGUCAGCUGCUGAAAUCAAUAAAUGUCAUUUAAGAAAAACUCUGCAGACUGCAUUAACUACCAUGCUUUAUACAAAUCACAACUUCUAUGGCUGAGAAUCUUUCAAGACAAGUUUCAUCAAAACCCGAAACUCCCUUUUGUGUCCUUGCACAUCACUCUUACAAAAGGCCAAAGACAAUUAUUCCCUAUCUUAAUGCAUACAACCCAAAUGUCGUCAGACCUUAUAGUGACACGCAUACACUUUCGGUAAAUGUUUUUAUCUUUUCUCUCCAGUUCCUCCUUUUUCUCUUAUUAGCAAAGACAAAUAACAUCCAAGAAACACAGACAAGUAGGUUAAUAGUCCAGAAUUAAUUACUUGUGUUUAAAGGCACAGUUACCGAGGUUGCAUUGCAGCUGGUUCUGUUAAUGUCAGCACUGAUUUUUUCACCUUGUGACAAAUCUUCUAGGCAAAUCUAAGUAAGUUUCUCAAAUGUGUACUGUCAUAUAUUUCUUUACAUAAAGCUAUGAAUAAACCCAGAAUCUCAGCCAACUUAACAUUCUAGAUAAUUGCUUAGCUCAAUUUUGGUUUCUUAUUUCAAGUGAUGAGCAAUAAAACUCAAUGUUCUGCCCAAAAAAAUAAAGCUGCUUUCACAUCUGUUUUAACACACUAUUUUCUAAGCACCUGAGUAACUCUUAUGAUUAAAAAAAACAAAAACAAAAGACAUGACACAUCAUCGUGAUACAUUUAGGACUGAAAUUCUUUGUGCAUUUGAUCCUCUGACAAAAGAUUAUCAACGUCAAAAUCAUAGUUGUUUUCAGCAGAUUUUUACAAUUAAAACACACAAAGGAUAACACAAACACCUCAGAAACUUUAAAAUUUUUAUUCAACAAUGUACACUUAUUCUCUUAAUUUGAUCUACAAAUUUCUCAAGUUUUUUUUUUCUGAUAAAAUAAGUAAAUCUGUGUAUGGUCGUAGAGUGUUUGUAAUUUAUAUUUUUAAACACUGAACAUGAAGUAAGACAUCAAUAAAGGAAGAUCAUCAUGUAACUGACACUUCCUCAGAAUCCAUGA